UGUGAAUCAUCAUGGCGCUGCUGCUAGUUAGUCUGUGCGCAUGGUGUCAGAGAGCGCUCGCGAAUCGAACAGCGAACCGUUUAACUGUUGUCAGAGGGAGCGCGGGUACUGCAGCAACAAGGGAUGGUCGCAGCAAAAGCAAAUGGAUGGGAGUUGUGGGAUUGGAAGUCCAUGCUCAGUUACGUUCCAACUCCAAAUUAUUCUCCGGGUCCCAGGUUGAAUUUUCAGCACCUCCAAAUUCAUUGGUUUCAUUCUUAGAUGCUUCACUUCCAGGCACGUUACCCGUUCUUAACAAACACUGUGUCGAAGCAGCUGUGCUGACUGGUUUGGCCCUAAACUGUACCAUUAAUAAGAAAUCCAAGUUUGACAGGAAGCACUACUUCUAUGCUGACUUGCCGGUUGGCUAUCAGAUUACACAGCAGAGAUGUCCAGUUGCCAUCAAUGGAAAUCUUGCAUAUAGUCUUUAUGUUGGGAGAAACCGAGACCAUUUGAUAUCUAAAUUGGUGAGAAUUAGACAAAUCCAACUGGAGCAGGAUAGUGGCAAAAGUCUUCAUGAUGAUGCAAGAACCCAAACGUUAAUUGAUUUAAAUAGGGCAGGGGUUGGCUUGAUGGAGAUUGUUAUGGAGCCAGAUAUGUGUUGUGGCGACGAAGCAGCAGCAGCUGUUCGGGAACUUCAACUUAUCCUACACACACUUGGGACAUGUCAUGGAAAUAUGGCAGAGGGACAGUUAAGAGUUGACGCCAACGUUUCUGUGCAUCAUCGUGGUGAGCCAUAUGGUGUGAGAGCAGAAGUGAAGAAUAUUAACAGUGCCCGAUUUUUGGCAAGAGCAAUCGAUUAUGAAAUUCAGAGACAGAUUGACAUCUUGGAGAAUGGAGGGAAAAUAUUAAAUGAGACCAGAGCAUUUGAUUAUAAAACCGGGCAGACCAUAUCUAUGAGAGACAAAGAAGGAAAGCAAGACUAUAGGUUCAUGCCCGAACCAAAUUUGCCUCCACUCGUUAUUUAUGACAAUGAAAAUCUAUCUACUAAUGUGAAUCCUGAACAAGUGGUGAAUAUUGACCAAAUUCGUGAGCUGCUACCUGAGCUACCUAACGCUAAAAGAAAAAGACUGGUGGAAAAGUACAAUAUUCUUGCUGAACAUAGCUUCACAUUAGUGAAUGAAGAUGGACUUGUACAAUUCUUUGAAACUGUUGUGGAACAAACCGAAGCUAAUCCAAGGAAAGUGAUUGGUUGGAUCCUUAAUGAUUUCCUAGCACUCUUGAAACAGAAUAACCUCCAUGUAAACCAAAGCCCCAUUAGCCCUUCUGCUUUGUCAGAAUUGCUUAACCUCUUAGAAAAAGGGUUUAUAUCUUCAUCUGCAGCAAAGCAAGUAUUUGCUGAACUAUGGAAAGGAGAAGGGAAAACUGCAGUCCAGAUAGUUGAACAGAAGGAACUGGGGCUGAUUCAAGACCACAGGAAACUAGAGCAAAUCUGUCAGUGUGUUAUCGAAGAUCAUCCCGUAGAGGUUUCUGAAAUACAACAAGGAAACUGGAAAGUGUUAAAUAAACUUAUUGGCCAGGUUCAGAGAGCAACACGUGGCCGGACUGCCCCAACCCUAGUGAAAUCUAUUUUGGAAAAGAAAUUAUCCUGAAAGAAUGGAAAUCAAGACAAAGCAGAGCUGUUUUAGUUCAGCAGUUACAGGAAAUUGAUCAAAAUUGAAAUUUUACAAGUGUUAUCUUAACCUGUUAAAAUAACUGAAUCACUGACAAAAUCUUGAGACGCAUUCAUUUAUUUGUCCACAAGGUUGAAUGCCCCUUCAUUUUUUAAGUGUUUACUCUUGUUAAAAAUCUAUCCUACUGGUUGCCUGCAGUAAUUGCACAAUUCUGCCUCAGUAAAAUGAACAUGAUUAUUUCACAAUUCAUACAAUUGACUUGCAAUCUGUCAGUAAAUCAUCAUGUAAAGUACAACUCAUACUAAAUGUAACUUAUUGAUUGAAACUAUGAUCCAACAGGACAGUCCAGUAACUUACUUAAAUGUAGGAACAAUGGCUGUUAUUUUCUGUUCUUUAUUGAUCAAAUUUACAUGCAGUGGAUUGAAAUGAACGCAAACUCCUGUUCAGAUGUCUGCCUGAGAUUUCUAUAUUGAAAACAUGUAUUUGCACAUUAGCUGUGUUAUGAAAUAUAUUGCAGAUGUGGUGGAACUACUGUUAUGCAGUGUAUGUGCAGUAUCAUUCUAUUCUAAUGAAAGGUCACAGAGCUGAAAUUCUGUUGAAUAUUUACAGUAAUUUCUAUUUAUGAAUGUUAAUUAGUUGAGUUGAGUUUGAUUUGUGCAUUGGAAUGCUUUUUGUAGUAUUGAUGUUCAAUAUCCAUUAAACCUAGACUCAUGGGAUCACAA